UUUCUUUGCUUUCAGCAGACUUUCUGCAUUACGUGAAAUACUCGUGUAGUUUCCGGAAAUUUUCUUCUCUGUAAAAGCUUUUUCGAUCAUGUUGGCAGCACGAGCAGUUUUCAGGAGUCAAGCUCUGAGAAUCCUUGGCACCAGAAGCAUUGCUUUGCCUCCCAAUGAACCACCCACUAAUCUGGACAGAAACAGUGUUGACCUGAAGGAAUUAAAAGCAGAAAUUGAGAGAGUUCAAAAUGAAACUGUGGAAAUUCCAUGUAUUGUUGGCGGCAAAGAAAUCUACACUGGAAACACAAGAUACCAAGUGGCUCCAUACAACCACUCCCUGAAGAUUGCCAAGUACCACAUGGCAACGGAGGAAGUGGUCAAGGAAGCAAUUGACAGUGCUAUGGCAGCAAGGAAGGAAUGGGAGCGCACACCUCAUGAACACAGGGCUGCCAUCUUUCAAAAGGUUGCAGACAUUUACAUGUUAUCACUAAAUUACUCUGUCAGUUGUCACAAUUUUGAUAGUGUUGCAAUUUCCCUUCAGGCCAAGACUGCCUUUGAGGCUGAUAUUGACUGUAUCCAAGAGGUUGCUGAUUUUUAUAGAUUUGGAAUCCAUUAUGCCAAGGUAGUUUAUAAACUUGGUCAGCUGUAUUUUGUUCAUACUGUGCUUGGUUUUAUUGCUGCCAUUUCUCCUUUCAACUUCACUGCUAUUGGUGGAAAUUUGGCCGGUACCCCUGCAAUUGUGGGCAAUGUUGUUCUCUGGAAGCCUGCCUCAACAGCCAUCCUGGCAUGUUACGGUGUUUACAAAAUUUUCCAGGAGGCUGGUGUACCUGAUGGUGUUGUAAACUUUAUCCCAUCCUCUGGGCAAACAUUUGGUGACAGCAUUACAAAGUCACCUCAUUUAGCAGGAAUCAACUUUACUGGCAGUGUUGAAACAUUUAGAUAUAUAUGGAAGAAAGUUGCGGAGAACAUUGAUAUAUACAGAACCUACCCAAGGCUUGUUGGAGGU